CAGGUGAAAGGGGGCAGAGUUUAGCCCCUGUGCAGAGAGGCGAGACCUCCGUGUUAGCGCCGUCCUCAUUUCCAAACGGGCCGGCCUCCAUGAGGAGCGACUAGCAACCCGGGACACCCGUCAAACUUUCCCCGACACGCGGCGGCAGAGAGUGUCCGCCGUCCCGCCAUGCCGGGAGAGUAGAGCUGCUCUGCGUCGUGACGGUCUGAGUUAUGGCUCCGUUUGGCAGAAACUUCCUGAAAGCGCGCCUGAAAAACAGGACAAAAGAUGCAGAGUCGGUGGUGGGGAAAGAGAUUCAGGUUUCAGUCUGCAAUGAGGAGAAGGUCGUUUGUGGAGUGACCAAGCACACAACAUGUGCUGACAUGGUUCAGGCUCUACUAGAUGACCACAACACCUUCCCAGAGAGCAAGCGGCUGCUGCAUGGGGACCCCAAAGACUUCUGUCUCAUAGAGCGCUGGAAGGGCUUUGAGAGGCCCCUGCCACCUCUUACCCGCAUCCUGAGGCUCUGGAAUGCUUGGGGGGACCAGAAGCCCUUCAUACAGUUUGCUUUGGUAAAAACCAGCGAUUUUGUCCCUCAGCCUUGCAAAAAGGGCAAAUCAAAGGGAGCCAAGCCAAAGCGAUGGGAGCAGGGUCCCACUCUUUACUCUCAGUCCCUGCCAGUGGAGAGGCAGAAGCGCAUAGUGAAGAAAGCUUUUCGGAAGCUGGAGAAACUCCACAAGGAGAGCAAGAGCUCCCCAGGCACUGAUGAGAUAGACCGGAUGGUCCAACUGAUUCUCACACAGGAUCACACCAUCCGGGAACAGAUCCAGCGAAUGAGGGACCUAGAUUUGGAGAUCGAGCGCAUUGAGUUUCAGGUGCAGAAGGAAGAGGAGCUUGAUGGUCCAAUGACUCGGCCUCGUGCUCAGAGUUUAGAUGGGCAUGCUGAGAGGCAGCUGCAGGAGUACCUGUACACCAUUGAUGGAGUGGAUCAGCUGGACCUGCAGGUGCAGAGGCACCAGGAGCUUAUCCUCCAGCUGUCUCAAGAUAUUGACGCUGAACUGGGGAGAGUUGACAUGGUGUGGCCAGAAAACCAAGACGAGGACCUUCCACAAGAAGGGGCCACAGCUGCUUCCUUGCUCUCCUCUGAGACAGACUCACCACUCUAUGUUGAGGAACUGGAGAAGCUGCAGUCUGAAUUACAACACAGUCUGUUUUCUGGUGUAUCCCUUCACAACCUAACCACAGAGCUAGACAAGGAACUGAAAUAUUAUGAAGCUAUGUUGGUCUCCAAGGACAAUGAGUUAUGGCAGCUGGCUUCCCAGCUGAACUCAAUGCAGCUGGAGGACAGUGCAGAGGAAAAGCCUGGUCCUGUAGCUCAGAAAGGACAGGUUUGGUCUAGUGUCUCACAGGCAGUGAAACUCAAACACAGCCUGUCUCCUACAGAUAUUACAGACACAGACUCAGACACUGGAAUUAGCUCCACUCACAGUCAGGACUCUCUGUCACCCGGUCUCGACUUUCCUCCCCCCCUGGACACAGACGUUUGAACAACCCAGCUGGCUCAGCUUCAUCAUGCUGCAAUGUGCACUAGUUUGUUAUAUAUAAGAGCUGGUGUCAAAGCCAUUUUGGUAAAAAAAAUAAAAAUCAGAUUAGCUGAGUACCUGAGUUCAAAGAUGUCUUUAAUGAGGUUAUUUUCACCCACUUAGUUAAACUGACCACUUAAUAUUAUUGAUAAUCUGUUCUAGUUUGUAAUUAGGGUGAUUAUGCAGUACCUGCCCUGCUGAAAGUUUUUGAACUAUCUAUGAGGCUGCACUUGCUAAUAUACACUUAUAAGUCUAUCACUGAUGUUUUAUAUUAAAACAAGCAGCAGAUUGUUGCGAAUGUAGAAUUUAGGAUUGUUCCAAAUUUAUUAUAACUCUCCUUUCCAUGAAAACUGUAAAUAAGAUAUCAUUUUAUUACUGUAUCAAAUUUAUAUCAUGACACAUGCACAGUUUUUUUAUAGACAAUUUGUUAUAACCCCUAAAAGGAACAAAAUAUUUAUUUAUCAAGUAAAGGUUGACAGAUUAGAGGUUUUACAUUUAACAAUGGCCUACUAUUUCUUUUGAAACAUUUGUUUUAAUCUUUUAGAAUUGCUGCCAUGUUGCCUGUGAUCAAACAUAGACAUUACGUACCAAAAGACUACAUUUCAGAUCUUUCUCUCUGUCUAAGAGAUUUAGUCUACUGUUGUGUUGAGCCUAUUUUUUUAGAAAAUGACUAUGAAAGAUGUAAAAGGUAAAUUGUACACAGUUUAAACAUGAACAAUAAAGACUAAUACUAAUGUCACAAAA